UCCCUUCAUCACCCAAAAAAAAUAAAUAUAAAGAUCUUCUUCCAUGACACACAGAGCGAGAGCGAGUGGAGCAACACAGAAUCUAUGCUCACCAUGUGUUUGAUUCAAGACCAAAGCGAAGAAGAAGAAGGGUCCCACGUCAACUAUGGCAAUCCACAACUUCGUAACCCACAAACUAUCGUUCAUCAUCUUCUGUCCCAACACCCACCCCCAUCAUCAACCACAGCGAUCUCGCACUCUCUCUCUUUCAUCGUAAUUCGUAACCCACAAAGCAUCACCCGCUGCCAUCAUCAACCCCAACAAUCUUGCUCUCUCGCUCGCGCUCUCUCUCUCUUGCUCUGCUUCUCUCCUUGUAUUGGCGUACUCGCUCUAAUAAUUUAUCCUAAACAAUUUUUUAUUACCUCACUGCAAAAAGUCCAAAUCCAGCCGCUUCUUCGCCAGGCGACUCCGCAUAUAUAGAUACAUAUAAAUACAGUGCAUAUAUGCUCGCCGGCGAUGCCGACGCCGGUCAGCGCAGCAAGGCAAUGCUUGACGGAGGAGGCCGCUCGUGCUUUGGACGACGCCGUAGCGGUUGCUCGUCGCCGCAACCAUGCGCAGACAACUUCGCUUCAUGCUAUCUCUGCCUUGCUCGCCUUGCCUUCUUCCACUCUCCGGGAUGCUUGCACUCGCGCGCGUAGCUGCUCGUAUUCUCCGCGUCUCCACUUCAAAGCUUUGGAGCUCUCUGUGGGUGUGUCUCUCGAUCGAUUGCCCACCACCAAGGCUCUCGAGGACGACCCUCCUAUAUCCAAUUCACUCAUGGCCGCUAUUAAGCGAUCCCAGGCGAACCAGAGGAGGCAUCCAGAGAGUUUUCAUCUGAUACAGAUGCAUAUGCAUCAGCAACAACAAACGGCUUCGUUUUUGAAGGUGGAGCUCAAGCACUUCAUCUUGUCCAUUCUCGAUGAUCCGAUUGUGAACAGAGUUUUCGGGGAAGCUGGUUUUCGAAGCUGUGACAUCAAGCUUGCAUUGCUUCAACCGCCUAUAGCGCAAGCUUCGGCUCGAUUCUUCCGGAGCCGUUACCCACCUUUAUUUUUGGGCAAUCUAACAGGUUUGGAAAUGGAUCGUUCAGGUUUCAACUUCCCUUUCAUGGCCAAUCCGGGACGCGAAGAUGGAGAUGAGAAUUGUAGAAGAAUUGCGGAGGUUUUUGUGAGGAAGACUAAGAAAAAUCCCUUGCUGACGGGUGCUUACGCGAAGGGUGCUCUUCGGAGAUUCACUGAUUCUGUACAGAGAGGUCGAGUGGGUAUGUUGCCGGCUGAUAUUGCUGGGGUUAAGAUGAUUUGCAUUGAGAGGGAGAUUGCUGCAUUUUUUAUUGAAGGUGGCUGUGAAGAGAAGAUGGUUUUGAAAUUUAAGGAAUUGACUCGAGCAGUGGAGCAGUGCUCAGGUCCGGGUAUCGUUGUGAAUUUCGGAGAGCUCGAGCCAUUCGUCGGGGAUGGUGCGCCUGGUGUUGCUGUGAAUUUUGUGGUCUCACAGUUGACAAGCUUACUGGAAAUUCAUGGCAAGAAAUUAUGGCUGGUCGGCAUGGCAGGAACCUCUGUUGUAUAUUCCAAGUUUUUAACUAUGUUCCCAACUGUGGAAAAGGAUUGGGAUCUGCAUCUUCUGACCAUGACAUCUGCCUCCCCUUCAAUUGAGGGUCUCUACUCUGAGUCCAGUUUGAUGGGGUCCUUUGUGCCAUUGGGUGGUUUCUUUUCUACACCACCUGAAUUCAAAAACCCAGCAAGCUGUACAAAUCAAUCUUUGGCUCGCUGCCAUGCGUGCAAUGAGAAGUAUGAACAAGAAGUUGCUGAUAUUUUGAAGGUAGGUCCUACAACUUCAGCAUCUAGUCACUCAACAAGCUUGCCUUGGUUGCAACAGGUUAAUGUGGAUAAAGAUAAACGAUUGGAUAUUGCUGAGACCAAUGAAGAAUCCACAAGUUUGAAUGCUACUUUGUUGGGAUUGCAAAAGAAGUGGGCUGAUAAUUGUCGGCAUCUUCAUUGCACUGAGUCAUUUCCUGACUUAAAUAUAUCCCAAGCAAAGGCUCAACUGCCCUCUCUUGAUGGCUUACAAUUUGGUUUGGGUUUCAGAGAAAACAGCGGUAGAGAUCGACCAGUUGAUCGAAUCCAACAUUCCAUUCAUAGUAACUACAUGCCUCAAGGGUUAUGUAGUAUUAACCCGUCAAAGCAGAUGUUACAAGUUUCUUCAGGAACUUCUGUCAUUAAUAAGGGAACUGACAAGGGAGUAGUUGGUUCAAAGAGUCAGCGAACUGACGUGCAGAACCCUUGGGUUGCCCCUUCUCCUGUGGCUGAUAUGAGUCAGGCUGAUCACAGAUCAUCUUCCUCCCUUACUUCUGUGACCACUGAUUUGGGAUUGGGAACGUUAUAUGCAUCAGCAGCUCAGGAACCGGAUACCCCGAAAGUAAAUGAUCAUAGAGAGAGUAUAAGGCAUUUUUCAGACUCCAUUUCAGCUGAUCUUGAUGCUGUGAAUGAGAAUACGUCGCACCAAAUUGCUCAAACCUCUUCUUGUUCUGGUCCCAUGGAAGGGAAAUUGGAUCCCAUAGAUUUCAAGUCACUUAACCAGCUUCUUGCUGAAAGAGUUAGCUGGCAAGCAGAGGCCAUAUCUGUUGUCAAUCGAACUAUGUCCCUCUGUAGAUGUGGCACCAGAAAGAAGAGUGGCUCGCAUGCUAGAGCAGAUGUAUGGCUUGCUUUCCUUGGUCCUGAUAGAGUUGGAAAGAAGAAAAUUGCUUUAGCACUUGCAGAGAAGAUAUUUGGAAACACUAAGAGGCUUAUCUCUGUGGAUAUGAGUUCCCAAGACAGAGGCUACCCAUUAAAUGCAGUUUUUGAAAGCCAAAAGUCAAUUUGUCAUGAUUUACUUUGGAGGAAGACAGUCGUGGACUAUAUUGCUGGGGAGUUGAGCAAACAACCCCAUUCAGUUGUGUUUCUUGAAAAUGUAGACAAAGCUGAUUUUCUGGCGCAGAGUAGUUUGCUCCAGGCAAUAAGAACAGGUAAAUUUCCGGACUCACAUGGCAGGGAAAUCAGCUUCAAUAAUGCAAUCAUUAUCGUAACUUCAAGUAGGUUCCAAGGCGAACCCUCUUUCUUUCUGGGGAAGGAGCAUAUGUUCUCUGAGGAUAAAAUCCUUGAAGCCAAAAGAUAUCAAAUGCAGUUACUACUCGGACAUUCUUCUGAUGAUACCAUAAGAAGCAUUAACACAAAUGUCAGGGUAACACUGGGAAAAGAGGCCUCCAAACCAACAAUUAUAAAUAAAAGGAAACUGAAUGACAGAAGUGACUCUAUGGAACAAGCAACAACAUGUAAGGUACCGAAACAGUCCCUAGAGACAUCCAGAUCCUAUCUAGAUUUGAAUAUGCCUCUCCAGGAGGUUGAAGAGGGAUGGUUUGAUGAUUUCUGUGGUCAACUUGAUGCCAGAAUAGCGUUUAAGCCCUUCAAUUUUGAUGCACUUGCUGAGAAAAUUUUGAAAAGCAUCAGCUCACGGUUUCAGAGGACAUUUGGGUUAGGGAUUAAGCUGGAAAUUGACUAUGAAGUCGUGAUACAGAUACUGGCAGCCGCUUGGUUAUCUGAGAAGAAAAAUUCUGUGGAGGAUUGGGUUGAAAACGUACUCGGCAGGAGCUUCAAUGAAGCCUUGCAGAAAUACCAGCCUGAACCUAAGCAUUUCAUGAAACUAGUUACCUGUGAAGGGAUUUUUGUGGAAGAGCAAGCUCCUGGAGUAUGCCUUCCUGCUAAUAUUAACCUGAAAUAAAUUUUUUGCUCACUAUGUGUCGGUGUAAUUACGUGUAAACUUAGCUUUUAGGAUAAUAGUACUUGUUAGUCGGUAAAUCCCUCGAAUUUUUUUGGUGAUCAUUUGGUUGCAAGAAACUAUGGUAAAAGAAUGUAUAAUCCUUAGUUCUUGUAUAUUGCUAACAUGCUUCUUUUGUGUU